AUGUCGCACGCACUGCUUAUGCCGGUACCAUCUCUCCUGCCUGCCGCGCCCGAAGAUAUGCAAGUGUGCGUGCGGACACCACGUGCCGAGCGUGUAACGACCAGUUGCAGUGAGUGUCGGCGGCGGAAGCAAAAGUGCGACCAAGGUCGACCUUGUGGAAACUGUAUCAAGCGGUAUCCACAGCCAGCAUGCGAAUACAAGCAGAACAAGGCACACAGACGGCGAAAUCCAGCCGUUCCUCGUGAACCGGCGUUUAAGGUUGUCCUCCCAGCACAAGAUUACGACUUCGCCAAGUUUUGCGACACCCGUAGCCCGAUGCUUCGACCGACCCAACUCCGACACAGACAAACCCGUCUAAACGCGCUCCCGCAGCUAGGAUAUGACAUGACGCGUUCUUCCCCGAAUUCACUCCCAUCCCCGCUCCUCGAGUCGCCGCCUCUGCUUCCGUCGGCACAUCCUAUAUCGAACCAGGUACAUUUUAUAGCGAGUUCACUUGACCACCAGCGGCAGCAACUACAACAAUGGGAUACUUUCACAGCAACUGCAACCGCUGCAGGUAGUAGCAUGCUGGGACCGGAUCUAAUACUCGAUCGCUGGCAGGAACUAGACCUGAUGACGACCGACGACUGUCCGGACGCAGAUGCCUCGACAUCGAGCAUACGUAUAGCCAUGGCAGAUGCACAGAUAAGGGAUCACAGCGAGGGGGACAGUGUCCUACCGACACUAAUUGAUCUGGGCCACGUGCCUGCUCUUGGUGGCUCCUUCCCUCAAACUGAAUUUCCCACGCAGCACUUCGAUAAUACCAACUGCGAAGGGCUUGGAGGACAUAGUGACAGCAAUAAUGGCAACGUGUGUCUGAUAGACCUCGACCACGCAGCUAUUAUACAGCAUGAUGUGCUCAGAAGUGCAUUUCAGCUGUUAUAUGCACGCUACAACUACCCGGAUGGGCUACUGACCGGCGGCAGCACAAACGACCCAGGCCCGGCCAAAAUGAAUGACUUUUAUGCAUGGCUGCGCAUUCUGACAUGGACUGCUCCCGGCAAUUAUAGACAUAGCGGAAGUAGCAGUGCCGACGGUCACGGAAAGAGCAGGAGCCGAAACGGGAGCCGGAGUAGCACAAGCAGUGGCAAUUCGCUGCAUGGGACCAAUCUGUCCCAAGUAUCUGACCGGAUUACCGACUCAGGACAUAGACCAGCGGAAGUGACGUGUGCCAAUAAUGAUAUUGACCGAAUAUAUGCGAAACUUUUAUCUCGGUUCAAGUCCUGCUUCGACGGCAAUAAAGAUCUUUCGAGCCCUUGGACGCACACUUAUGCGCCUUAUUGUCUACAAACUCCUCUUCUGGCCCAGGUGGCCAUAUACACGUCGUCCUGUUUCCUGUAUGAGACUGGUCACCUCGACAAGGCGGUUACCCUGACACACAAGGGUCGUGCCAUUGACAUGCUCAACGCACAGCUUCAAGGAAGAAGUUCUAAUAGAGGCAACGGCGGGCCCGCGUCUACAUCCACCUCUGAUGAUGCCAUCACCACUGUCAUCCGCCGGAUCAUGGCUGAGUGGUACUGGGGUCAAACACAAAAUUUAAACACACACCUGCGUUGCCUUUGUGAGAUGAUUCGCCAUCGUGGCGGCCUUCGGAACCUAGGAAUGAACGGCUUGAUCAGCAAGCUAACUAUGGCGGUCAUGCAUCUGUCCGCCAUCCACGGUAAUAACCAGGCUGUGGCUCUUGUGCUGGAAACAGGCCCAGUACUUAAUGGUGGCCACGGGACCAGCCAAGGUCUCUUUGACUACGAAGAUGUCUCACCGGCACCAUUCCGCGUUUCUCAAAAUACUCCUUUAGUUCCAGGACAGCCGUCUUUUGCACAAUGUGCCGAGGCGUUAGACAUUCACCCAACGACCGCAUCUAUACUCGAUGACAUGCGGUUCUUAAUUACUGCGGUGUUGGCUCUUCCUGCACGCCCAACGAUAAAGGAUUUGCAGAAGGUGCAGACAACGGCACAGUGGAUUCAUGACCGCAUCCAGCGUAUGCCGGCGGAUUCACCGGAACUCCUUCAAAUCCACCGAGAGGGUGAUAGUGUCGCUGCCGAGGCGCAAUGUAUAUCUGACGAUCGUCCGUCCAUUGUCUUGUCCGACGCAGAGCCACACCAUGAAGAGAACAUACAUUUCACUGCCCAAUCGCCAUCUUUUUUUGACAAAGAUCUUCAGCAGCAGCAUACGUCGUCUGCAUCGCCUGGGUUGUUGACAGGGCAUCGAGGGCGGGGUGGCAGUCCGUAUCAGGAACAGCCGACACCGACGCCACAAGUCUUGGCUGGCGGCAGUCUACUAUCCAUGCCCAUAUCUGCAAACGAAAGCGACGGCGGGAUUGCAUUCAACUCACGGCAUGGGCCCACGCACUUCGUGGUGUACGGCCAGUCGAAUGGUAGUCAAGCCAAUAACGCAACCUGCCAGGCGACGGCAGCUCCUGCAACUACCGCUGCGUCUUCACAAAGCCACCCUCUUCCUGCACCAGAUCCACUCUACCAAGUAGUUCGACAGGCUGCAAUCAUCUAUGCUCGUGCCGUGCUUAGGCGUCGGCCUUUCGGCGAGGUCGUUCAGCCUCAUGAAUUUCUUCACCUGUGGACCGCUGCUUGGGACGUUUCGCUGACUUCCUGGAAGACUCUGCUGGGCGUGUUCAUGUGGGUGACGAUUUUAAUUAUUUCUAGUGCAGGUGGUACAUCACGCGACCUCUUUGUCAAGAGCAUGCUGAGCAUCUGUUCUGUGCAGAUGAGUCUAACGAACUGGGAUGUCGCUGGCAGCGCGCUCAAGGCUGCCGUGCGACUGAAUGUGUGGCUUGGUGACACAGAUGGGAGCAAUGGAGAAUCAGAGAAAGGCGCUGCUUCAGGUGGUAGUAUGGGACGAGAAGAGGUUCGGUCCGGGCUGGCCCAGACCGCAGGGAACGUCCUUCAUGGCGUAUCCGGCUUCUCAACGACCGAGCACCAUGAGCUGCGAGAUAGAGAUGCAAUAUUCCCAGGAUGGAAUCAGUAA